CACGACAGACACGCACGCGUACACACACGCGCUCCCUUCAACCUUCACAUCACUACAUCCCAUGAUCCUUUGCGCGGGUCUCACAAGUGGAUCCAAGAUGGCGUAGAAAGUAAAGCUAGAAGUUUUGUCCCUGAGUCAUGGCAGACAGGAGAGCGGAGAAAUCAUGUGAAGAAGCCAGCAGAUCGUUAGUCAGGCGGGAGUAUGAGGCGGUAGUAAGCCACAGCACUGACACCUUGGCAGUCCUUGCUCCCCAAGUCCAGUCCACUGGCGCCCCUGCCUCGCCAAGCCCACCUUCCGGAAACCUCCGCAGUCGUGCCCUGCUUUACCGCAUCGCUGCCUUUCUUCAGCUGAAAAAAUAUGAUGAUGCAGAUCAAGACUGCAAACACGUCCUGGCAGAAGAUAGGGCAAAGGGAGACGGUGCACUCCAGGCCAGCUUGCGCUCCAUGCAGUUGGAUGGCAGCCUACAGGAAGUCGCCAGCAUCCUCUCUAAGGCCUUAUUUGGAGAACCAAUGAACGGCAUUGUUGCAAAAGACAUAUCCCGAUUAAAAAUACUCUUUUCGGAAAUAGAGGCUGUAAAGAAGAGCGAGAUGGCACCAGAAUACACAGAUGACCAGGAGGAGGAGGUCCAAGAUGGCUGGCAGUUCAGGCCCCCUCCACGAGGAGUCACCAGCAGUGAGGAGUAUACCCUCUGUAAAAGGUACUUGGAGCAGGGUCUGUGUAGGUAUGGGGCCCAGUGCACGUCAGCCCACUCACAGGAGGAGCUGAUGGAAUGGCAGAAGCGAUAUGCGUCACGCCUCAUCCGUCUCAAGCAACAGCAAGAGAGCAAACACUUCACCGAAAACUACAUGGAGACAUUAAUAGAGAAGUGGAUGAACUCUCUCUCCCCAGAGAAAGUGCUAAGUGACUGUUUAGAAGGAGUGAAUGUUGAAACCAGCUCAAGCCUCUCUGUUACUGUCACCACCAAAAAAUCCUCCCACUCUUGGACCUUCUCAUUGCUCUGCAAGCCUCCUAGAAAGUUAUAUCGCAUAGCCCUGCUCUAUGAUGCCCACAGACCACACUUCUCCAUCACGGGGGUCUCUGCUGGGGAGCAACUACAAAUUGUCUCUGCUGGCUGUCAAGAGUGGACUCCACAAAAGGAAACAGCAGUGGCAACAGACAAUGGCAUGGACCAUUGUGUCUACAAGGUCGCUGUGGACUUCACCACAGAGAUCUUUGGCACCUUCAGACAGACUAUAGUUUUUGACUUUGGCUCAGAACCAGUUCUGAUGCAGCGGAUCAUGGUGGAUGCCGCCUCUAUUGAAGACCUAGAGCAUCUUAUGGCAGCCAAGCAGCAGCUCUUGAUGACUACGAAACGCUGGGACUCUUCCUGUAAGACAAUAGUUGAAUUUACGCCCAAUGAGACUAUGUCUGAUCUGGAGCGAAGCCUGCUUUCCCGCUAUCAAAUCCCUCUGUCGGCGGACCAGCUUUUCACCCAGUCAGUCCUGGACAAGGCUCUGACCAAAGACAACUACAAGGCCCGUUUGCAUGAUCUCCUCUACAUAGAGGAGAUUGCACAAUUCAAGGAAGUUAGCAAGUUUAACAUCAGAGUGAACCUACAGCUUGUAAGCAGCUUCAUGCUGACUGGCAUUUCUGUGGGAGCCAAGUAUGCCCAGAAUGGACAACUCUUUGCACGUUUUAAACUCACAAAAACACUGUCUGAGGAAACACUGGCGGGACGACUGGUGAUGACCAAGGUGCAUUCGGUCCUCUUCCUGCCUCUGGGCUGGGAGGGCCUCAGCAACCAGCCACCUCCAGGGGUCAAAGAGCGCGUUUAUGAGGCUGUGAUUGAAGAGAAGACCAAGGAUUACAUCUUCCUAAGGAUCUGCAAAGACUGCUGUGAUGAACUUGGACUACAACCAGACAGAAAAAUCCAGGUGGAGCUCCAAUUCCAGCUGAACAGGUUGCCACUGUGUGAGAUGCAUUAUGCCCUGGAUCGCAUCAAAGAUAGCAAAGACAAUGGAAUCCUUUUCCCCGAUGUUAGCUCUGUCCCAACCAUCCCCUGGAGCCCCAACAGGCAGUGGGAUGAACAGCUGGAUCCUCGUCUGAAUGCCAAGCAAAAAGAGGCCAUCCUUGCGAUCACGACCCCAAUAUCUGUCCCCCUGCCCCCAGUCCUCAUCAUUGGACCCUAUGGCACUGGCAAGACGUUCACCCUGGCACAGGCUGUCAAGCACAUCCUCCGCCAGGACAACAGCAGGGUUUUGAUCUGCACCCACUCAAACAGUGCAGCUGACCUUUACAUUAAGGACUACCUUCAUCCUUAUGUUGAAGCAGGCAAUUCACAUGCCAGACCUCUCAGGGUAUAUUUUCGGAACCGCUGGGUGAAGACGGUCCACCCAGUCGUCCAGCAGUACUGUCUCAUCUCCAGCACACAGGUCACUUUUCAAAUGCCCACAAGGGAUGACAUCCUCAGGCACCGUGUGGUUGUGGCCACCCUCAGCACUUCCCAGUACCUCUGCCAACUUGACUUGGACCCUGGCAUGUUCACUCAUAUCUUGUUGGAUGAAGCUGCUCAGGCCAUGGAGUGUGAGACUAUCAUGCCUUUUGCCUUAGCUAGCAAUACCACCCGCAUUGUGUUGGCUGGAGACCAUAUGCAGCUCAGCCCAUUUGUGUACAGCGAGUUUGCCCGGGAGCGAAACCUGCACGUGUCCUUGUUGGACCGACUGUACGAGCAUUAUCCUUCUGAGUUCCCGUGCCGCAUUCUUCUGUGCGAGAAUUACCGCUCCCAUGAAGCAAUCAUCAACUACACGUCAGAGUUGUUUUAUGAUGGAAAGUUGAUGGCAAGUGGAAAACAGCCUUCUCAUAAGGACUUCUACCCUCUCACCUUCUUCACCGCUCGAGGAGAAGAUGUCCAGGAGAAGAACAGCACUGCCUACUACAACAACGCUGAGGUUUUUGAGAUUGUGGAGCGAGUAGAGGAGUUGCGCAAGAAGUGGCCAGUGGCUUGGGGCAAGCUGGACGAGGGCAGCAUUGGAGUGGUUUCGCCAUAUUCCGAUCAGGUCUUUCGCAUUCGUGCUGAGCUCAGAAAGAAGAGAAUGUAUGAGGUCAGCGUGGAAAGAGUACUCAAUGUCCAAGGUAAGCAGUUCCGAGUGCUGUUCCUGAGCACUGUGCGGACGCGGCAUACCUGCAAGCAUAAGCAGACGGCCAUCAAGAGGAAAGAGCAGCUCGUGGAAGAUUCCACAGAGGACCUGGACUAUGGAUUUUUGUCCAACUACAAGCUGCUUAACACAGCCAUCACAAGAGCUCAGUCGCUGGUUGCAGUCGUGGGAGACCCAAUUGCACUGUGCUCUGUGGGACGCUGCAGAAAGUUCUGGGAGCAUUUUAUUUCCAUCUGCCAUGAAAACUCAAGUCUCCAUGGCAUCACCUUUGAGCAGAUUAAGUCUCAGCUAGAAGCCCUGGAGCUAAAGAAGACCUAUGUUCUCAACCCUCUGGCUCCAGAAUUUAUCCCUCGUGCCCUCAGGCCACUGCCAGGCCACCAGUCUUCUUCACAGGCACUGCAUCCCCACCACCACCAUCCUCAUCCUCAGCAUGUGCAGGCCACCCCCGCAAAGCAGGCACAACAGCAACAGUCACCUCCUAAGGGCAAACAUGCAAACCACACAGAGCACCUUCCAGCUGAAGGAUAUGUCCAGCCCAGCCCAGCAGUUUUAAUGGGAAACCCAAUCCAGGCAUUUACACCGCCUGUGGGUGCCACCCCAGCUGGCAUGGGCAAAUCACCCAGUCCUGUUCAAAGGAUCGACCCUCACACAGGCGCCAGCAUCCUUUACGUUCCAGCGGUAUACGGUGGAAACAUGGUCAUGCCCAUGCCACUACCUUUGCCUUGGCCUGGUUAUCAGAACCGCUUUGCUGUUGACCCGCGUAUCAUGAGCCACCAGGCAGCCAUGGCCUACAACUUCAACCUAUUGCAGGCCCAGAAUCGAGGCUCCCCAAUUCCUUGCAGUGGAGUAGCACAACCAUCUCCUCUCGGAGUGGGUCAACCAAGCCCUGACAUAGACCUACAAUCAGAUGCAAUCAGAAAUGGCAAAUUAGAUGGAUGUCCCAAGUCGGAGCCAAGCUGUCUUCAGACAACCGAGAGAAAAAACACAGAAAUGAAGGAUAAACAGGGGGAUUUUGACACAGGUCAAAGUCGAAGCCUGGAAUCACAGACUGAUGGGAUAGCUGGUUUUCCCAAUGCACUGCUCCACAGAAAAGACCCCUCAGCUGCCCAGAGAGCCCUCAACUAUCACCUGGCACCACCCAACCCAGCUUUCCCCUCGCAUCCUGUUAGCGGAAGACCGCUCCCCCCACAGUCUCUUCCUCCACAGUGUCCGGUCUCAAGGCUACCUUACCGGGUUAGCCAGCCUCAACAUCCAGGGAUGGUCCCGCAGAAUCAACAGCUCAGUCCUGCCUUCCCAGGUGGAGGCCACAAUGCAUCCUUCUUCAGUGGUCACAUUGCCCCUCAUAGGGCUAUCCAGUCCCCCACUUUGGAUGGGACAGAGUGUGGAGGAGUAGAAGAAAUGAGUAACUCCAUCAGGACUCCAAUGGGCCACGUUGGUGGGCACCACCCAAGUCUAUCACGGCACAACAACAGAGUCAACAGCUUUGGGGAGGAUGGACACGAUGGAAUUCUGGGAGAUGGUCUUGACCUACGGGGCCCCUUGGCUCUAGAGGUCCUGAGCCAACAGCAGCAGGCCGCCAGGCUCGGUCAGUGGAGUGAAGCAGCAGGCCCUUUUCUACAGGGUGGGGUCGCCUUCCCUAUGCCCCAGCAAAUUCCUCACCUUGCUCAGCCGGGCAUGACUCGCUUUUCCCAUCAGCUGCUACGUGCAACUAGUUGGGGUCUCAGUGCCAAUGUGGAGGAUGAAACUGGUUCUGCUGCUUCCACUGGUCCACCUUUCAACAGGUACACGGGCCUCCUGAGAGAGAUCCCCUUACAGGAGCAGCCUGAAGCAAGUGAAAUUCAACCACCUCCUCAAUCUCGCCUCCUUCAGUAUCGACAGACCCGUGCCUCGGGUGACCCUUCAUCUCCUUUAGCUGCCACUUCAAAUCAUGCCGGUCCGUUUCCAUCUGGGCCGUACACCCACGAAAGCAGUCGAGAUCAUCUUAACAACAACCUUCUCAACAAUGCAGCUUUGCCACAGCAUCCUGUUGGAAAUCCCCUUUACAGUAGCAGUUGCUACCCACAGCAGACACAAGCCCACCCUGCCAGCCCACCUCCAUCCCAGGUCAAAUACCUUCUGCAGGAGGCCCAGUGGCCUCAGGGUGGAGGUGCAUCUGUGAGCCCGCCUCAGCAGAACCACCUGUUAAACAACCAGGGGCAUGGCCUUCCAUACGGACUGCCCAUCAUGGCUCAACCCAGCAGGCAGGAGCAGGUCCAUUUAAUGCAGCUUCACCAGCAGCAGCAGCAGCAGCAGCAGCAGCACCACCACCACCACCACCAUCAGCAGCAGCAGCAGCAGCAGCAGCAGCAACAACCUCAGCAAAAUCAAGGUCAAGACCAGGGGUCCUACCACUCAUUGUCACCUAGAACAUCUGCAACCACUGCCCUGCACAGUGUAGAUGAGUAUGAACCCAGAGGUCCAGGUCGGCCCCUCUAUCAACGUCGCAUUUCUUCCAGCUACCCAGAUGAAGCCUCCCCUGCCAAUGCCCACAAUGCCACUUCCCAGCUGUCCCAGGAGCACCCCCAACCUCACAUGCAGCAGCAGCAGCAGCACCACCCACAUGCUCGCUAUGGUUACCCCUCACAUGAGCUCUGGCCCAGUAACGGUGGUGGUCCCAGUCACUUCCAGAACAUUCCGUGUAAUGGAGGGGGGACCCUCAUUCACCAUCGUGACCUUUUAGCUUCCAAGGCCCUGCGUCAGAUAGAGGAGCAGGUGAAGUCGGAAUCUACAGCAGCGCAGCAGCCACACCCACAUACACUCAACUCCCUUCAGCACGCCGGACAGUUCCCUCCCCUCAUGCCCAAUAAUAACAAGCAGCAGCCACAGCAGGCUGCCACAGAGCCCAUUCAGGCAGCUUCAAAUUUAAACAAAGCACCCACCAUGUCCUAUGCCAGUGCUCUACGCGCUCCGCCCAAAUCCCGAGCCAUUCGCCCAGAGCAGGCCAAAAAGAACAGCGACCCACUCUCACUCCUGCAGGAGCUCAGUAUAGGAAGUUCAGAUGGUAGCAAUGGUUACUAUUCCUACUUCAAAUGAGUGUCAUCCCUACCACAUAAUAUAUAACAUCCUAAAAUAUAAAAUAAAUAAAAAAAAAAAGAAAAGUCCUUCUAAAAAUACAAAAAAAAUAGUGCAAAGUUUCUAUCAAUAGGUUUUUCUGCAUUUUUUUCCAUUUUAAACCUUUUAUUUGUAACAGUUAUCUCCUGUUCACAUAUCUGUGAAGAAAAUAAAUAUAUAUAAUGAAUGCAUUACUGGUAUAUAUACAUAGUCAUUAUGUAUAUAUGAACAUAUAUACUUAUAUUAUCUACACUUGUAUAUGUACGUAAUGCUUAAAAAAAAGGUUAUAAAAAAAAAUUAAGAUGUUUGGUUGGCCACUUAGCUUCCUUGCAUUUUUACUUCCAGAUUGAAGUUGGUUUUGCUGGUUACUAAACACACAUGUUGACAUUUCUGUCAAGAUCAUUUUCAAUGUCUGGAUUUUCAUAUGACUAUAGUUGUGGUAAUGGCCAAAAGCUAAGUGGUCAGCUGAUACAAUCUACUUGGAGAAGUGUAUAGAAGUAGUUUCCUCUAAUCUGUACAUAUAAAGAAAAUAAAGACUGAAUUGUAUGCCACAGACAAUUCCUUAAAUUAUUGUAAACCCUUAUGUUUUUAAACAUGUUGGACACGCUGGACAGCCCAUUAACCCUAAUUGGGUUGCUUGAAGUACAUAUAUGAAUAGUUUCUCCCUUUGUUAUAAGCUCCUUUUGGAUCUCUUAGGUAAUCUAAAAUAGAGUGGAAAAGGUUUGUUUUUUUUUUAUCAACCACUUUGAAUUGUUUUCUGUAAUAAUACCCACAAACUUCUCCUUUUGUGGUCACUUUUUAAUCUGUAUUUGAACUUAAAAAAAAUUGUGGCAGUUCUAUCCGGACUCAACACAACCUUCAGGGAGGUGGUAAUGACCACUUCUAAAAGGGGAUAUGGUAUGUUCAGUCAGCAGAAGGACAAGAUGUGUGGUGCUUUUUGGAAGGUUACAGCAUGGUGAUGGUUUGUGAAAGUGAACAGAGAGAUGGUGUGGCAUUGUGCGUCAUCGUGGGAAACACUGCCAGACAAACAUAUUGUUUCUAUUCAGAGGACACAGACAAACACUGAGAAUUUGCAAAGAAAGAGUGAAACGUUAAGGGGCUUUAAUGAAGAUCUGACUGUAGCGCACACUGUUGGUGAUCGGCUGCUCUUGAUUGCUUUCCCUAUAAGACAAUCUGUUGACAAUGUGAAAAUCCUUGAGGUGAUAGAGCAAUUCCAUUCUUACAAAAAAUAAUAGUGAUGCAUUAAUCAGAUUUUCUUUUUAUAAAUGCAGUCAAUCUUUUCUGUCAAGUUAUUUUUUUUUAUUUCAUUUGCAUUUAUAUUGUCCCCCCCCCCGCAUCCCUUUUGGUUUCCUUUGGAGCACCACGCAGCUUCAUGAAAUUCACUGCUGCUUGUAAACGGUCUACAUAUGAAGGAAAAAAAAUGAAGAUACCACCAGUUUAAGGAGCACUCCCGUGGUAGUUAGUACCGCUUUUAUGUCCACUUCCCUGCUUGGCCCAAACUAGUCACGACAUCCCACGGUGCCAUGAUUUUCAUACAGCAGUGAAAACUUCUUAGAAUGUGAAAAGUGACCUGCUUAUCUCCACCUUAACUUGUGGUUCCAUUUACAUUGUGAUUCAGAGGUCCAGAUUUUUUUGUCACUUAACAGUAUCGCGCUGAUUAACGUACUUGUAAAUAUGCAUUUUUUAGGUAUUUACAAACCAUAAAUUUGGGAAGCGCCUCAAGUUUUGUAGAUGCUGUUCAAACAAAGAGGUUUGUCCUUUUUAAUUAUGCAAAUUCACAAAAAAAUUGAGUCUUGAAAUAGACGCAAACCCAGUUGGUAGUUGCAAACUUUUUAGAUGUUUUUGUUCAUGAUGGCUGAUAUGACAAGAAAUUGUUUUGUUGCUCAACUUUUUUUUUCACUGUAUAAUACUUAACGUUGCUGUUCAACUUUUGUGCCACAUCACAACAAUACUACUAUGAUCAACAUGAAUAUUCUUUUUAUUGCAUGUUCAUCUUUUUCAUCCCUGUUUUUAUUUUGUAUCAAUUUUGGGUGGGAAAAAACAUGCUUUUAUUCAACUCUUAGCAGUCAAAAACUUUGGUGUAUUCGUUGUGUAUGAUGUGACACUAUAAACCAGCUAUUCUAUUUUACUAACAUGUCAUUCAACAGUGUAACAGUCAUGUAUGUUUGUGUGUUUAUCCAAGCAGGGCUAAAGCUGAGGUUGCUCCCUUUAGUGUGUCUGAUGAAGCCUCGUAAACGCUCGUUGGCUAAACUUGUGCAAUACUAACAUUUCACUGCUUCUCCAGCUUCAGUUUAUUUCAACUGUUCAGGCAGAAGACAUUGAGCCAAAGACUAUUAAAGGGAUAUUUUUUAAUUUAGUUUUUAUUUCCCCAAUUCCCUUUCUCUAAGUUUGUCAUCUGAAUUUUGCUUGACCGCCUGUUUUGUCGGGCCCCAUUGAUGUGACAUUUGGUUGCCUGUUGAAGAAUGCAAAACUCGAGCGAUUUGAGACACACGGGGAGCAACAUUUGGCCCAGCCAGUAGAAAUCAGUGUGUCCAUCUGUUUUUGUCAUCCUUUCACUCUCCUGUGUUCUUCCCUGCGGUAAGUCUGUACUGGCACACCUGUUAGCCCCGCCCCACCCCUGACAGCCCACUGGCUCCGCCCAUGUGGGUACAAAGUACUGAAUAGAUCUGUUUUACUCUUCAUUUCAAUUGAUGGUGGUAAUAAUAAAGGAUUUAGACUGUGUUUUAAAGGUUAUUUUCUUUGCUAUUUGUUUAUCUAUUAAAGUGUUUUUAUUGAAACUUGUUUGAUUUAAUCUAUUAAAGUGUUUUUAUUGAAA